GUGACGCUUGCCGACAGGAGGUUGAUGCCGUCCUCACCAUCCACAGUUCAAGAUGCCAAACUUCACAGACAAUAAUAUUUAGAAGUAGCCCAUUAGACCCCAACAAUGGCGAACACGGCCCAUCUGGUCCGGCGACAAAGUUCUCGGGACCUCAACCCUCAACGAUCUUUGGACCGUCUGGAACUCAAAGAAAUGCGUGGACGUCUGGUCGUGGAAAAUGGGAAUACGGGUAGUUAUGGUGCCACCAACGCUGCCUUCGAGGACUCCAGCCCCAGCGCAAGGAUAAAAUCCGGGUGUAGUAGCAAGAGGGGGUCUCAGAUCGUGGAUGGCAAACCCAUUUUUCGGCCAGAGUGCGGCGAAGACGAGCGCGAAUCCUGGGACAGCAAGCUGACUUUCCUCUUGGCCACUGUGGGUUACGCCGUGGGCUUAGGCAACGUGUGGAGAUUCCCUUAUCUGGCCCAGAAAAACGGAGGUGGGGCGUUUUUGAUCCCCUACUUCGUGAUGCUGGCCAUUGAAGGGAUCCCGAUUUUUUAUCUCGAGCUGGCGAUCGGGCAGAGGUUGAGGAAAGGGGCCAUCGGGGUGUGGAAUCAAGUGUCGCCGUUUCUUUCGGGUAUUGGUAUCAGCAGCGCCGUGGUCUCCUUUAACGUAGCCCUCUACUACAACACCAUCAUCGCCUGGUGCCUCUUCUACUUUGUCCAGAGUUUCCAGUCGCAGCUCCCGUGGGCCGAAUGCCCCAAGGUCUACUUCCCCAACGGCUCCUACACCUCCGAACCCGAAUGCGUCGUCAGCAGCCCCACCCAGUACUUCUGGUACCGCACCACCCUCAUGAUCUCCUCCGACAUCAACGCACCCGAAGCUUUCAACUGGAAAAUCGCGCUCUCCCUCGUCAUCGCCUGGAUUCUCGUCUACAUGUGCAUGAUAAAAGGAAUCGCUUCUUCCGGGAAAGUCGUCUACGUCACAGCCACCUUCCCCUACAUCGUCCUCAUCAUCUUCUUCUUCCGCGGGAUCACCCUUAAGGGUGCUUCCGACGGCCUGAGGCACUUGUUCACCCCAACCUGGCACACCAUUUUGGACCCCGUCGUGUGGCUGGAGGCUGGGACGCAGAUCUUCUUCUCGUUGGGACUUGCAUUCGGAGGCCUUAUUGCAUUUUCUUCGUAUAACCCCGUUAAUAAUAAUUGUUAUAGAGAUGCCGUGAUGGUGUCUCUGACGAACUGUUUUACGUCGAUGUUUGCAGGAAUCGUGGUUUUUUCGAUAAUUGGGUUCAAAGCGACGAUGGUCUAUGAGAAGUGUUUGAGUUCGAGGAAUAGCACCAUCGCUGGGCUGUUUGGGGGUGGAUUGGAUGAGGGGCAGCUGCCCCCUGAAGGGACGGUGUUUAAUGUGACGAAUGCCGAUGGGGUGGUUAGUAGUGUGGUGAUGCCUUCACUGCCAGUGUGCGAUUUGGAGAAGGAGCUAGAUAAUUCAGCCUCUGGCACAGGACUUGCCUUCAUCAUAUUUACAGAAGCAAUAAACCAAUUCCCGGGAGCCCAAUUUUGGUCGGUUCUCUUCUUCCUAAUGCUGUUCACAUUAGGAAUUGAUUCGCAGUUUGGUACGUUAGAAGGAGUCGUCACUUCCAUUGUUGACAUGAAGCUUUUCCCCAACUUGCCCAAAGAAAUCCUCACGGGCGGGAUUUGUUUGACCUGCUGCAUUAUCUCGAUGGCCUUUUCGCACGGAUCUGGAAAUUACAUUUUUGUGCUUUUCGAUAACUAUAGCGGAAAUUUCCCGCUGCUGAUUAUCGCUUUGUUCGAGUGCAUCGGGGUUGCCUACGUCUACGGAUUGAAAAGAUUUGCUGACGAUAUCGAAAUGAUGACUGGUCAACGUCCAGGACUGUACUGGCUUAUUUGUUGGAAGUAUCUGUCGCCGCUUGCCAUGAUUUCCAUUUUGGUGGCGAGUUUCGUGGAAAUUGCUGUCGAUGGGACGGGGUACGACGCAUGGGUGCCUUCGAAGGGAGAUACGGAGAGACACCAGUGGCCCACAUGGUCGGUGGUACUGAUUUUUGUUUUGGUCUUCAGUUCUAUUGCGUGGAUUCCAGGGACAGCGAUAGCGAGGCUCUUCGGGUUUGUUAUAAUCGACGACAACGAAAAAGCCUGGUUCCCAGCCAAUGACUUGAAGGAUUUCCAUGGAAUAAUGCCGCACGAAGUUUCCACAGCUGAAACUCUUUUGUUCUGCAUCCGUGCUGAUGGAACAGAGGGAUUAUGUUGUCCGACGAGUAUUGUCGAUGACGAAGAAGAUAUCGAUUAGAAUAUCGUAACCCAUAUUAGUACAUUAGAACAAAGAUCCAUAUCCAUAAAAUGUUUCAUAUCAUAUGGUUGUAUACUCAAAACUUUGAGAUCAAGGAGCGCUUGAAAAGUAGCCGUUUAUUUAUUAGUUGCAUGAAGAGUGUCAAGUGCUCCUUGUUCCGAACCAAGUAACUACGAAAGGUUAAAACACAAGUGUUUAUGGCAGUCCUUAAACACUUCUGUUUUGCCCGAUCCGCGCCGACACAUGAUUUUUCUAUAGUGAAUUUUUUUGAUAACAAAAUCUACAAGACCGGUACGAUAUUUUCUAUAGCCAAAACGGUACGUUUUAUGGUCUGACCUAUUUUUGGAACUUUUGACAAUACAGCCUAAGCGACAAUAAAUUUAGAAAAGAAUAGCUGAAAAAGACUUCCUAUGAAAAAUUUAACGAGGUGUUCAAUAUCAGACCUAUUGUUUUUUUCGAAACUAAAAAUGUGAUAUAUUUGCACAAAUGUUGUUUUAGUUUCGUUUGUUUUAAACAGCGAACGGCAGACUCGCCCUUGCUCAUUUUCUGUUUCCAAAUACUGAGGAACAUCGAUUCACAAGAACAUAUCCAUUUCACUACAUAUCUUCAAUAGUGAACGAAAAUCCAAGCCAUUUAGAGUCUGUCCUUAAUAUAGUCAAUUUAAACUUCAUGAUUAGACAAUAAUAGAUUUUAAGGUCAAUGUGUAGCUUAGCAGUUUAUGUAUUUAGCUAAUUUGUUGCUCUUUGUUGUUGAUUAGAUCAGUUGACUUAACCGUUCCGUUGCAAGCUUGGCUUGGAACCGAGCGGAUAGGUAAUAAGGCUUUGGAGUCCUUCCAAAGUCCCUGGUUAAAAAUGGUAAUCUAUGACAAUAAAUAACUUAUGAUGCAAAGUGUAUGUUAUGAAAAUUUAAAUAUUUUAUUUAUUGCUAUGCAGCUAGUCCUUGUUGAAUACGUAAUCAUUAUACUGUAUAAAUGUAUAAAAGUAUUGUAAAUAUCAGAUCUGUUACAAUGAUGUGG